GUACCAGGGAGGAUAAUGGCUGGCACCCUUUCUUCUCCAGCGUCCCGCCAAUCAUCAGAAGACAGUAGCACAACAGCCAAUCAGCCCACCAUGUGGCUUGGCACUGAAGAUGGCUGUAUACACGUGUACAACUGCCUCGAUAACAUCCGGAUUAAGAAAAACAAAGUCAAGCUGCAACAUAACUUUGGCGUUCACUCCAUCGUAUACAUGGAGGGCAAGGUGUUUGUGGCGCUGGGAAACGGUGAUCUGGUGGUGUACUGUAGAGACAUUGAUGGAUCGUGGGCAGAGUUGACAACGAUAGCAGUAGGAACCCAUGGCGCAGUUAGCUCUAUGCUGUUGUCUGAAGGUCGGCUCUGGUGUGCCACUCACUCCUCCAUCAAGAUCAUUGACCCACACACCCUGCAGGUGGACGAAACAUUCCAAAUAAGCUCGGAGACGAAACCCAUAAGUCACAUGGCGGUUGCUGGCAACCGAAUUUGGCUAUCGCUGCAUAACGCUGCUCAACUCCGGUGCUACAACACCAGCACCAGGGAGCAGCUGGCUGAGAUCAACAUCACGCCGCAAGUCACCAAGAUGCUGCACAGUUGUGACGACAUAAUACGCCAGCAUAAAGCGGCGUGUCUACGCGUGACAGCCCUGCUGGCUCAUCGGGAUACUCUCUGGAUCGGCACCAGCGCAGGAGUGUUGCUUACUGCGCCGCUAAAUAACUCGAGUCACACCUUCACCGUGCCCCAGCUCACUGGUAUUCCAUACGGGCACACAGGCCACGUCCGUUUCCUGACAAUCGUUGAAAAUCCAGUCCCAAAGAAGCCAACGGCAAAACCGCAAACUCUAAAAACAAAGGGGCUAAGCAGACGAUCCACAAAUGCGGAGAAACUUCAGAAACAAACAGAAGCUCCGAAAAACAACGUUGAAACUUUAAUUAUAUCUGGCGGAGAUGGCUACGAAGACUUUAGGACGUCCACCAUGUCUGAAGAUGCAGGUCGAGAGGAUUCCACCAACCAUCUGCUGAUCUGGAGAGUUUGAAGAACCCGACCGGUUUUAAGGAAUCAAGUAUUCGCCGAUAAUGUCUCGGCUGAGUUGCGCGUAGAUACGUUUGUCGGGAGCCUUAUUUAUAAAGUCAUGUUCCAACUAUUUUGAUUCAUUGACGUUUUUCAUGUAUUAAAAUUGUUUUCUACUCGUGACCGUUUGAUGUUGAGAUUAUUAAUGUAAGUUAGGACAUUAAAUGUCGUUUAUAUCAGUGUCUAAAUAUCAAAAUUAUUCUAACAGUAUUAAAGUGAACAUAGUAUUGAUUAUAAUGAUCAAUAUAUUUUGUGGUUGUUUAGAGUCGUUGAAUUACCUGUCUAUUCAUAUCAAAAUUUAAUAGAUUUAAACUCUAAAAUAGAUUUAAUUACGUGUCUAAAUGUGUAGAUGAAUUGUAAUAUGUUGAUAGAUAAAUGUGAAUUCUAUCCCCUUUUUCAUGUAGAUAAUAUUUGCAAAAGUUUUGUUUGAGCGCAGAGUUUAAUAGACCCUACCUAUUAGCCUUUUAAAAAAUACUUAAAUGUUUCAAGAAAGAUCUCAAUGCACAUGAAAUAUGCCGUAACGUUAUUGAUUCGGUUUUGCUCAAAGAAUAAUAGAAACGAUUUGAAAUACCACACUGUAAUAUUGAUAUUGAUUUGAAGAGCAAACUUGAUUGUCAAAGAUGCGAAAUUGUAGGAAUAUUUAGAAUGAUAAUAAAAAAGUGCACUCAAUAA